AUGCAUGUUAUGAAACCAGUCCUCAUGAGUGCUCUUGAUAAAUAUCCAUAUUGCAAGAUAUGUGGAGGAAACAUACUUGGUAACCCAUGGAAAUGUGAGACCUGCCGCUUCGAGACACAUCAGUACUGUGUGGAGUUGGGGCGACCAUCAAGACAUCGAUUUCAUCAGAACCAUCCUUUGACACUGUUGACAAAGUAUCCUUCACAGGAAAAGAUGAAAUGUGACAUUUGCAGAGAGAAUAUAUACGAUUUCAAUCUCUUCUGCCGUAUAUGUACUUUUGUUAUCCACAUCAACUGUGCCUUGAAAAGUAAACAUGUUCUUGAAGCUUUAAGGCAGAAAUUCACUGGAACUUGGAGUUUUUGUUUGGGAAAGCUGUGUCAUGUAUGA